AUGGCCAACAGAAUAGUGUUUCUUACCCCCAAGCAUUUGCAGAAAUUCAUCCAAGAUGCAGAGUCAGGUACUGUAUAUAAGAACCUGGCGAUAAUGGGUGUUCACGACGAAGAUGGUGAAACGAAGUCGAGCGAACCCCCCGCGACGCGCGAGGAAUUGACCUGCCUUCUCACCAAAGCCUUCACAGCGCUUGCAAAGGGCGCUGGAAAUCCAUUGGGCAUCGUCGCUUUGAAGAGCCACGCUGAGGGACACUGGACAGCGCCUCAGAUCCGCGCUAAAGCUGAAAACGAAAGCAACUUUACUGGCCUAGGGAGACUUGUCCAGAAAUGUCCUCGACUUCAAGACUUCGCUUACCGAUUCCUUGGCAUCCCCCUCCCCGGACUUCCUGAACUGAAAGGCUUCCAAUUUCCCAACUGGAAGAUCCUGGAAUACGUCUCAGAACUCCUCAGCCUUCCCAAACUCAACCGAUUGACAUUACGGUUCCAACUAACCAAGGAGUCCAUCGUUCUCAACCUUCUCAAGCGAACUCGGCAUGGGGGGCUGUUCAUAGGACCUAUGUGGCUAGACCCCGGAUAUUUCAAGCCUAUCUUCGAAUUCUGCAGCAGCCCAGAGUCCAACAUGCAAAAGCUCGAGGUUAGAGCUUCUCUAUACCAGAUGGGUUCAGAGGAGCGUGGCCAAAUUCACUUUCAGCGUCAGCCGUACGAUGAAGAUGCCGAGUGCUGUGCCCACUUGAGAAGAGAGGGUGAAGGUGUCAGGCGUCCUAUUCACUUUCAUUCUGAUCCGCAGACGCUUAUAGAGGUCGGAACAUCAUUUUGUAAUUUGUUGCUGAACGAUUCUGGGGCGUUUGAUGACAGUGGAGCUCAUACAUUCUAG